AAAAAAAAAAAAAAAAAAAGUCCACUGCAUACAGAGAGAGUGAGGCUUUGCUUUGCUUUGCUUGCUCGCUCCAAGAACUGAGGCCAAGAACAAUGAGCUUUUUCUCAUACAUCAACAGGGUUACCCAUGGCCACUAUAAGCUUCUGGUUCUCUUCUCUGUCAGUAGUGGAGGUCUUGUCGCAUUUUCGGAGUCACAAACAAAUAGUGGAAAACACAGUGCUGAACUUAGUCAAGCGGAAUCCAAGAAGAAGAGGGUGGUGGUGCUUGGAACAGGAUGGGCUGGUACCAGUUUUCUAAGGGAUCUCGACAUGUCAUCAUAUGAUGUUCAGGUGGUUUCUCCCCGUAACUAUUUUGCUUUCACUCCUUUGUUGCCUAGCGUCACAUGUGGAACAGUGGAGGCACGAAGUGUUGUGGAGCCAAUUCGGAAUAUGAUAAAGAAGAAAAGUGGAAAAAUUAACUUUUGUGAAGCAGAAUGUCUCAAGAUUGAUACAGCGAACAAAAAAGUUUUCUGCCAGUCUAAUCUGCCAGAAAACUUAGUGGGGAAUAAUGAUUUUUCCCUAGAAUAUGAUUAUUUGGUCAUUGCAAUAGGAGCACAAGUAAAUACUUUUAACACACCUGGUGUCUUGGAGUAUUGCUAUUUUCUCAAGGAAGUAGAGGACGCUCAAAAGAUCCGUAGGUGUGUGAUAGAUUGUUUUGAAAAGGCUGUCCUUCCGGGCCUGAGUGAGGAAGAGCGAAGGACAAACCUCCAUUUUAUAAUUGUAGGUGGGGGUCCAACUGGUGUGGAAUUUGCUGCAGAGCUGCAUGACUUUGUCCAGGAAGACUUGGUCAAGAUAUAUCAUUCAGUUAAAGAUCUAGUGAAAAUAACAGUGAUUCAGUCUGGAGAUCAUAUCUUGAACACGUUUGAUGAUAGAAUCAGUUCAUUUGCUGAACAGAAAUUUCAAAGAGAUGGAAUUGAAGUUCUAACAGGAUCUCGGGUUCUAAGUGUUUCCGACAAAUUUAUUAAUAUGAAGAUGAAGUCAAGUGGAGAGGUUCUGUCUAUGCCACACGGAAUGGUGGUCUGGUCAACUGGAGUUGGGGCUCGUCCAGUUGUGAAGGACUUGAUGGAACAAAUAGGCCAGGGUAAAAGACGUGUCCUAGCGACUGAUGAAUGGUUGCGAGUAAAGGGAUGUCAAGAUGUGUACGCGCUUGGUGAUUGUGCUACUAUAGAUCAACGUAAAAUCAUGGAAGAUAUCUUGAACAUAUUUAAGGUUGCUGACAAAGACAAUUCUGGUACCCUAACCAAUGAAGAAUUUAAAGAUGUAGUUGAAGACAUCCUUGUAAGGUACCCCCAAGUGGAACUUUAUUUAAAGAGCAACCAUUUGCCUGAUGUGACAUACCUCUUGAAAGAUGCCGACGGUAAUGAAAGAAAAGAGGUGAAUUAUGAAGAGUUCAAGUCAGCCCUUUGUCUUGUGGAUUCACAGACGAAGAGUCUUCCUGCAACUGCUCAGGUCGCUGCUCAACAAGGAACAUAUCUUUCUAGGUGCUUUAACCGUAUGGAGCAGUGUGAUAGUAAACCAGAAGGCCCUCGCCGCUUCAGAGGUUCUGGACGUCAUCAAUUUCGUCCUUUCCGGUACAAGCAUCUAGGGCAAUUUGCGCCUCUGGGAGGAGAACAGACAGCAGCAGAACUGCCUGGAGACUGGGUAUCAAUGGGUCACAGCACUCAGUGGCUGUGGUAUUCUGUAUAUGCAAGCAAGCAAGUAAGCUGGCGCACAAGGGUUUUAGUUGUUUCUGAUUGGACAAGGAGAUUCAUUUUUGGGAGAGAUUCAAGUCGAAUUUGAUUUGAGCUUCAACAACUUGGUUAAACGCUAGUCUUUCCAGAAGUGGCAUGGUUAUGUUUAUGCUCUCUCUCUCUCUCAUGUUCAUUUCUGGUGGAUUCUUGGACAACUGAUUUAUGCAGAUGUAUUUAUUAUCUACAAUCAGGUGGGAUAUAAACAUAAUGCUGUCGAGGAACUAAUAUAUAAAUUGUGUAUGUAAUUAAUUUGAAUUAUGUGAUUAGUUAGAAAAGUGUUGAAUAGGUUAAAAAAUUGAUCUUAGAUCAAUAAAUAAAUAAAAAUGUUUUUGAAAUUGGUGAAGAAUUUCA